AUGUCAACUCUAUUAAUAAAUUCUUCUUGUGAAGAGGGCUUUGGUAGCAGCAGUAACCCAGUCUCGCGGUUAACCAAUGCCUAUUUUACCCAUAGAAACGGAUCUUCACUCCUCAACCACAGAGAACACCAGGAAGAUAUCAAAUUCCGAAUAAAAAAUCCUCAAGAUGAUGAACAUUUUUCCGCAGCUGCUUGGGAGUCAUUUUCCAACAGUUGGGAUAACGAGAAUAAUACUAAUGCUAAUAAUUCAGUUGACUUUGAUGAAGAAUACCGACAAGAAUGGAGUGACGAACAUUUGACAGAUGCAUUUAUUAAGGGACACGGUUUGAAUCAAUUCUUUUAUGAUUUUUCGACUUCAUUCCAAGGUCAUGGUGGUAACGGAGUUAAACAAAGUUCAUUAUAUCAAAAAGAGGGUGGUCAUUUAACUGAGGAAUUUCAACAAUCCAACAUGAUGAAUGAAGUCUAUCAUUCUUCUGAUUCUACCGUAACUAUAUUUCAAACCGAUCACGAUGAUCUUCACCAAGCAUAUAUUCAUCUACUAGAUCAUCUGCUCGUUUCACUGGUAUCACAAUCGUGCGCUGCAGCUGCAGCCGCAACCCCACAUCAAAACACGCGUAAGCCGUGUCCUGAAGCUGAAUGGGAUUGGGAAAAGUUAUUUUCAUCAUCACGUUGGGAAGAAAGAGAUCCUCCUUCUCAACAACGGCAACAACUACAAGAUGUUGCUCAGCAACGGCUGGAAUUGUUCAUGGGGCAUUUAAUGUGUAAUCUUAAAAAGGAGGAAGAAAAGAAGUUGGCGGAAUGGGAAAGCGAGUUUCUCGGGUCGUAG